AUUUGGAGAGAGAUUUACAAUCGAUUAGAUUGUUUUAAAUUUGAAUUUUGACCGACCGGGUGGCUUUGAGUUGGAUUUCACAAUUUACAAACUGGAAAUUCUGGUUCUGUGGGUCUCCCAUUUGUAAAGGCACCGUGAGUAUAAAAUUUCUUCGUCACCUGAGCCGAAGCAGUUGCCGAUCCACAACCGGGCCGAGAUUAGCUUUCUCUGUUCUUCAACCUCGGACCAACAUUAAGAAAUAUGGGGUUCUUCUCCUUCCUUGGACGGCUUCUCUUUGCCUCCAUCUUCAUCCUCUCCGCCUGGCAGAUGUUUAAUGAGUUUGCCAAUAAUGGUGGGCCAGCAGCCGCGGAAUUUUCUUCAAAGGUAGCUGUUUUGAGGAGAAACUUAUCAUCCAAGCUGGGGGUAGCAAUACCUGAUAUUGAUGUCAGACACUUGGUUGCCAUUUCUUUAUCUCUUAAAGGGAUUGGAGGCCUUCUGUUUGUUUUUGGCAGCAGAGUUGGAGCGUAUCUCCUGCUUCUGCAAUUGGCUAUUAUCACCCCGGUUUUUUUUGAUUUCUUCAAUUAUAGCCCUCAGAAACCUUCUUUCGGUAUCCUAGAGUGCCUGAUUUCUUGCAGCACGUUGCACUUUUUGGUGCUUUGCUUUUCUUCCUAGGGAUGAAGAGCACAAGCCCGAAGAAGCACUCGAAAAAGAAGACACAUAAAGCAAAAACACAUUAGAUUUAUGGAAGAAGCAACGGUUGGCGAUUGGAUUAAUUUGCUCUAGCAUUCAGUUCUUAGAUUUACACACAUUUUCACCAUUGAUGCAAACAAGUUUUUUACUUUUCUUGUAGUCGGCUGUUCUCUUUUUCUAGGAUAUCUUCGUUUCAUUGUUGUCCUCUGAUGAGUUAUUAUUCAAUUUGAGCUGCGGCAUUCAGUCCUUUGUACUUCUCCACUUUGUGCUAGAAUCAAAUGGGCAAUCUUCUUUAUUAGUUCAA